CCACGCUUCAGUGGGUAAUUCUUCAUUUCAAAGUAAGCAAAUGAAGAGUCAGUACAGUAGAACAAAAUGCCAAGUUUACUUUACAAAUGCUACUGUUCAAAUAUUUGAUAUUUGGGUUAGGCUUCAGCAUCAAUGUCACUCUACGUUUGUGAAAACAUUAUGUGUCUCUUCCAGCAUUGAAGAACAUUGAAGAUGUGGAAUCCUGGUUUGGAACAUUUUCCUCUCUACAUCAGUCACCCCCUUGCUGACAACAGGAUGACCUGGCUGGACCAGACCGAUGAUGUCAAACCAUCUCGUGGUUUGCUGGGGAUCCCUCAGUGCAGCUGCUCCAGUCUUUACCGCCCCUGUUAUGACAGAUUAGCUGUUGAAGAGAACACGUGGUUGCUGAGAAUGACAGAGACUCCCGCUCCCGUUGCUCCUCCCUCCACCAGGACACCAGAGCUGUGCUCCACUGUGCCCAGCCAAGCCCAGGGUUCUCCUUUGGAGCUGGAAGCCCCGGGAGAGGAACGCUGCCUGGAGCAGGUCCAGUCAAUGGUGGUGCAAGAAGUUCUGAAGGAUAUUGACACAGCGUGCAAGCUGCUCAACAUUUCACCAGAUCCAGCAGACUGGAGCUGCGCACACGUUCAGAAAUGGCUGCUGUGGAUCGAGCACUUCUACCGGCUGCCGCAGGUCGGCACCGUGUUUCAGGAGCUUACCGGAAUGGCUCUGUGCUCCAUGACGGAGGCCGAGUUCACGCAGCGCUCCUCGCAGUUUGGAGACAUGCUGUAUGCUCACCUGGACAUCUGGAGAUCAGCGGCAGCAAUGAAGGAAUGCAGCCCAGCUGGAGAUGGAAAGUCCAAUGUGAUGUGCAGCUACCCGAGUCAGCCCAUCCACCUGUGGCAGUUCCUCCGGGAGCUUCUCCUCAAACCCAGUAACUACAGCCGAUGCAUACGGUGGCUCAACAAAGAAAAAGGAAUUUUCAAAAUAGAAGACUCCGCACAUGUGGCCAGGCUGUGGGGCAUCAGGAAGAACCGCCCGGCUAUGAACUAUGAUAAACUGAGCCGAUCUAUUCGUCAGUACUACAAGAAGGGCAUCAUUCGUAAACCUGAUGUUUCGCGCAGACUCGUCUACCAGUUUGUGAACCCGGUAUAACAUCGAGGUGAUCAGGACAGGAUGAGCUGAGGGAGUGAUUACACUGAACUUAUGCUGGACAUACAGUAAAAGAAUGAACUUUCAUUCGUUAUGAACUCUGAAGCUCAUGAUAUACAAAUUACGUCAUAUUAAUUGUGAAGACUGCCUACUUCAAUACACUACCAUUCAAAAGUUUGGAAAUGUCUAAACAUGUAGCAGUUUUUCAACAUUUACAGUUAUCGUU